CUCGAAUCCCAUCCAGAAUCCCAGAGACGACCUUCGACAUCCAACAUCCUUCACAAUCCUUACUCUCACACCGACCUUCUCCCCUUCCUCCUCCCUCUCCAUCGUCCUGGAAGCCGCUCUCUACGCACCAGCGUAAUACUACACCAGAGAAACAACAACCCAACAAUUACAACUCCGGUGACUGUGUAACAAGCCAACCUCUCUAGCGCCCACGCAGUCCCAUCGGCCAGAUCACACACACAGCAAACCACCCAGUCAUGUCCAAAUUCUACAUGUCCGGCGAUGGCCGUGCGGCCUCGCUCGACGAGCCAGACUUCCCAUCUGGCGCCGGUGGCCGCUCAAAGAAGUCCUACAACAAGCCGCAGGCGCACAAGGACGACUACUAUGAGCUCGGCGAGGAGCGCGAUAUGGGCUUUGACGUCCGCGCCGACUUUGACGGCACCGGACCACGUUGGAGCGAGAUGUACGGCGUGGCCAAGAACGAGCAGUACCGCCCCGUGUACGACCAUGUCGCACCCGCCGGCACGGGCGAGGUUGGCGCCAGGCCUAUGCGACACGACUACAGCCAGGCGCGCGACCCCGAGAUGGUGUCGGUGCCGGUGCUUGGCCCCGAGUGGGAGAAGGGCGAGCUCCACGCCCAGUCGAGGCGAGGCAAGAAGGAGAUCCGGUCCGACGAGCGCAACACUGCCAUCAAGGCCUGGAACCGUGACCAGCGCGGCAUGUGUGGUAUCCGAUGGCUUACCCGCACGUGGUUUGUCUUUAUCGCCUUCUUCUUUAUCGCUGCUCUUAUCGUCGUGCUCUUCUUCACGAUCCCCCGUGCGGCCGUGUGGUCGUGGUACCAGCCCGACCCGUUCCAGCUGAACAACGAUACCUCGCUGCCGGUCAUCACGCGUAUCCCGGCCAACUUUUCGUUCGACGCCGGCCUGCACCUGCUGGUGGACGCGACGAGCUCUUGGCUGCCGGUGCGCUUUUCGAAUGUCCAGGCUACGAUCUACGACGUGCAGUCGAGCAAGAUCAUCGCCCAGGGCAACAAGAAGUCGUUUACCGUGCAGAACAAGAAGGACCAGCCGGUCGUCUUCCCCAUCCACUUCAGCUAUGUCGCGUUCAACACGUCCGACACUACGUGGUCGGACAUGUACAACGCGUGCCAGUACCAGUUCCCCGGGGUGCAGCGGGCCGACCUCAAGUGGACCAUCGAAAUCAGACAGGGGAUUGUCGGCAUGGUGACCAAGCCGGUGUCGACGGACUCGUUUACGGGUGUCAACUGUCCGUUCCAGUUCAGUGACAAGUCGUAAGCGAGCGGCGCAGAGAGGCGCCAGCUGCUCUGCCGCAAUACUGCGAGCUGGGGCUUGGCCCAAGCUGUUUGUGCUUAACCAACGACCCGGACGCUCCCCAACGACGACGACCACGUCCCACGUCCCACGUCCCCCCUUCCCCCUCCCCCACGCCUCACGACCGACCAUGAUCUUGGACAUUGCUCGACGACUCGACUCCCUCCCCGCGCGCCCGGCCCGCGCAGUGUACGUAUUACCAUCGCAUCACAUUCUCUAUGCAAUACAUGGCCCAGGA